AAAAGGUGUAGCGAACCCUGAAAGACAAUCCACAACCUUAGGAUCGCUCCUGCAGAACGAGAUUUACUGACAUUUUUUUUUCCGUGCUGCGUAUCUGGUCUCUACGUACCAUAUUUUGAAGUUAUUUCAUUCAUGGUUGUGAGAUAAGUACUUCGAAUCAUUAUGUGAGAUAAGAAGAACGUACAUAAUUACUUCGAAUCAAUACGAAAUCAAACCAUAUCUUAGCGAGUAGAGUCCACCGCGACACCGAGAAAGGGACUUCCUGAGACCAGGACUCCGAGACAUACACUAUGGCAGCAACGCAGCAGGGGUCGAGUCCGCACUUGAAAAUUCUUUUCGUCGGCCCAGAAGGAGUAGGGAAAACAUGGCUUGUGAAUACACUUUGUGAUUACGGCUAAGUCGUUUUGACUCAUGGCUUCUGAAUACACUCUGUGAUUAAGGCUAACUCAACUUUACUCAUUGAUUGAACUUUAUGAAGAAAUAGCGGGUAGUGCGUGGUACUCAUUCAUGCUGAUGCUCGCAGAGGAUCAGGAUGCUAAACCAUCACCCACCUUUGAUUUCUUGCAUGCGGAAAGUAUGCAGCUAGUGGUCUCAUCGAGUUUAGGAAUUACUCAGCUUUAACAGUAUAUAUAAAGCUCUAAUCCCAACACCACUCUUCCUACUGUCCGCCAACAGUCGGAGUCAGAAUAUUAGAGUACGACGACAGUGCAGCCCACCAAGGGAAGAGCUACGACGACUCUGUCCAGCUGUGGGAUUGCUCAGGCGCACAAACUUGGGAAAAUUGUUUCCCAGCAUUAGCAAAAGACGUUGGAGGAGUAGUGUAUGUUUACAAUUAAGGCAUUUAAGAAAAUGUAGAUGUAGAUCAUCUCAACAUGGGUGUGAUACGUUCAACGUAUCGGUUCGGCGUGAUUUGAAUUCAAUGUGGAAGAGGACCACUGACCAUGUUUGGAAAGAUUGACUAGGCGACUCGACUAGGCGAGGACCAUCAUGUAUGAUGUUUGUCCCGUGCCCCAUCACCUGCGGAGUCGAGCAGGUGCCGGGGGUGCUCGAUGUGCAGGAUUCACAACUUAACCUAACCACUUUAUACAGAUUUACUAGGUCCUUCUAAUCUCCUCCCGAGCUACCGGAACAAACAGACGCUCUCGAGUACUGGUACGAUCGCUUUGGCCCACGGUCACUCGGGCUCCCGCCACAAUCAUUCAUGAUAUGUCAGGUACUUUACGCUUCCUCUUACCAUCCUUUCGAAUCUUUUCAGGAACUGCUUCGUCUUGACAAUGGUUAAGAGUGACCAUUUGAGACGCAAUGAUGAUGAUGAUGAUGAUGAUACAUGGACCACGACUCUUGAUAAGUAUGAUUACAUAGAUGGCCCACUGAUGAUACAUGGACCACGACUCUUGAUAGGUAUAAUUACAUAGAUGGCCCACUCUCUAUAGCUUGUGUCAACAACUAAACCAUUUUUUUCGAUAUUCAUUAGAAGUCGAAGUUUUUUAAUCUCUUCUGUGCAAUGGUUAUUUUGACAAAUUUAGAUUAGCAAGGCCUUUUUUCUUUAGACCUAGAGGUCCUCACAUCACCUCCCAGAUGUUAAAAAGCAAUCAAAUGCGGGAUUACGUAGUUCCAACGAAGAUUAGCUUUGCCAGUAUCCAACAGCCUCUAACAAUGACGUGGGAGAAUGCAGCAGCAAAGGUAAUGCUUCUUUUAUUUUGGAUUUUUUUCAAUUAAGUGUACGUAUCAAUCUGCUUCUACGAUUUGCACAAAUCCAUCCUGUGGAUAUAAGACGUUAUGUUCAGAUUUACUACUUUUUGGUACACUUAUCCUGAUAUACAUAGACGUUUUCAGAUUUACUUAGUACUUUUUGGUACUCACUCUUCUUACCAAAACAUCCUCGAAACAUCAAUGAUACCGCCACGACAGAUGAAGCCAGCGUUCGACAAGUAUCUGGGGAAAGUGUAUAAAACUGUGCAGGAAAGACAGCGCCAGGAGGAAGAGGACGUGAUGAAGAUGUAGCCUCUGAUUAUCGCACACUGUGACUAGCUGGUGCACUUUAGCGUAUUAAUCCACUCUGACCCUGACUCUGCUGCAUCCUGUCUGACUCUCCUACAUCCUGACUCCCUGACCCUGUGCUACUCCAGUGCACCAUUAAUGAAUGUGGCACGACUCUUCUCG